CGUCCUACGAAAAAAAGGUGUCAGAUAUCUCAUCAUGUCAGAACUCGCAUUCUGCAAAUCAUUUCUCAGCGCACUGGACGCGCGCCCAGCGAAGCUCAGCAGCGACCACAUCGCAGACGCACGACAAUAUCCCGCACAAGGCGCUUACACACUUCCCCGCCUCCCACACCCACCCCACCCACAGCGUCCAAACCCCAAGCCAGUCGCAGGCGACGAUGCCACCACUUCUUCUUCGUCCACGAUCACCGUAACGCUCAAGCCCAUGAAGCCGACCACCCCAACCAUUCCCCUCUCUUUAAUCGACCCCUCAAAAACAUCCAUCUACGACCUCAAGCAACAAUACGCAACACAAGCCUCUUUACAGCCAGCCAAGAUAAAGAUUCUUUACAAGAAGAAGCCAGUCACAGAUUCCAAGACACUGCUAGAAGUCAUUGGUACAGAUGCAGGCAGCGAGGUAGAGUUUGGCGUCAUGGUUAUGGCGGGCGCUGCGCUUGGCGGGGCUGCGAGUCCGGCAAGUGGAAGCACGCCAGUGACAAGUCCACCCGCUGUUGCGCCGCCUACGGAAAGUGAGAAGGGACUUGCUAGUGCGGGCGAGACGCAUGCGGGUACAGCGACUGGGACAGCAGGUGCGACGGCUGGGAGUGGGAAGGAAGUUGUUGCGACAGAAGAGUUCUGGGGCGAUCUGAAGAACUUUGUGCUACAGAGAACCAAGGAUGCGGAAGAGAGCGAAAGGCUACUAGGCGUCUUCAGGGGCGCAUGGGAACACAGCAAGUAGCGGACCGACAUAGUUGCUGGGGAUGAGCAUUACACGUUGCAACAUAUCAGGCACAAACAUUACAAACAAGUUCGCACACGUCACGUCAUACAAGCUCUCAGUCUCAAGAGAUGUCCAUCGAAGACAACUUGACCAGCUUUAGCCUAUCAAAAGCAUACCAAGCCUGAUAAUGCAAGUUGCACCCGGCACUACCACUGCCCGCAUAGUCGCAUGAUGUAUGCGAUAACCAUCAUUCGCAAAAACUCGCUAUGCCAUGAUCGCUGCCAAUCAACCGCUCGAGUCGUUUUCGUCAUGUGUCAUUACCAACCGCUAUAGUUUCCUUCCUCCAUACUAACAGGUGCACAAAAUCGACAGGUCGGAAGCGGGGGAGGGAAGAGAAGCGCUUAACGGCCCUUGGCGACGCGG